AUGAAGACCUCCACAGCUGCCCUUGCUGUACUUUUUGUGGUUGUCCCCUGCUACCAGAGGUCUUCUCUUCCAGCUUCUGUCAACUUUUCUGGUCCCUGCUGCAUCCAAUACCACACCAAAGUGUUUCCCUCAAGCCGUGUGGUGAUAUAUGAGCACACAGGCAGCCAGUGCUUCCAGCCAGCUGUGAUAUUUACCACAGUCACAGGCAGGAUGGUCUGUGGCAAACCUGUUAAGAAGUGGGUCCAGGACAUCCUGAAUCACCAGAAGGACAAGGCAGGCAGUGGAUAA